UUGGAAGUGACAUCCAAAAGCAAGUGUGAGUACUUUCUGCAAAGGAUUCCUGGCAUGAAUCCACUUGUGCUCACCGAUUCGAAUGGUCGCAAAUGCAGAGGUGUGGUGGAGAUUCCUGUCUGCCGUGGGUACUGUAAAACCUCUGAGAGCGGUACCUACAUGUUUCCUUAUCGAGUACAGAAUAGCUCCGCUUGUGCUCUCAUUGUCACAGGAAUCCAGGUGGUCCCGUUAACGGACUGCGACUUCGGUGCCGAUGAGUCCAUCAGAUCUGUCUCGAUACCCAGCGGCGAAAAAUGCGGUUGCAAGAAGUUCCCAUUCAAUUGA